CGAUUGGACGGUGUGAGAGAUUGGUACUGAUUCAAACAAGGCAUGAAUCCAUGGCAUCUCUUUCUAUUCAUAGCCGUUCAUUCAUUAAUUGGACGGUUAUGCCAAUGGGCCGUACAUUUAAAUAGUCCGGGAUGAUAGCAUUCUUCCUUUUUGACUUUACCAAAGAAAACCAGAAAGGGCGGGAAUUUGGGUUUUGUAGUUGGAUGUCAUUUCUGUGGCGCCAUGGCCUCCUCCAAGGGCGAAGCACAAACGCGCCUUCUCAUCGCACCACACUUGCCUAUAACAACAAUUUCAGAGCUGCAUGCAUCUUGCAAAUUUGAAGGGUGUUUAUUAUCUCUUCGUCAUCCAAAAUCUGGAAAGCCUUCUUGUUAUUUAUUUACCGAUGGACUUCUUCAAGAGCUUCACUGGUUCAAGCAGUCUUAUGGCUCAUGGUUUAUAGGGGAUUAUAUUUGUGAAGAUGGUGGCAUCUAUGUUGCUACUCCUGUUGACCCUGUAUUCAUUCUGUUGCCUCUUUUUCAUGAAGCUCGAAUGAAGAAAGGUGAUGAACUUGGCAAGUUCAGGCAAGUAGAUGACAUAAUGUUUGUUGAUGGUUAUCCUGGGUAUCGUUAUCUAUUACCUGUCGUCAGUAAUUCAUUGCAAGCAAUUUGUGAAGUGAAAGAAGUUGGGUCAGAGAUUUUCUGUAGACUAGAUGAUUCCAAGGUUGUAGCAUGGUUACAUUGUAAGGUAAACAACUUAAAAUUGGUGCUUCCAACAUUGGACAAAAACUAUGCUGUUCGUGAUGAGAAAGAUACUUUGCGUGAUGCUGUUUCAUUAUUGGGAGAAUAUCUAAGUGAGGAACCUUGGAUAAGACUUUUAUGCAGCCAUUUAAGUAUAAGUUUGGAUUAUGCUGUGAAAUCGGAUGUGAUUGAUAUCCUUCCAAUUGCUUCCGAAAGCACUCUGGUGCAAGAUGAAAAGGGAAGGACUAGAACAGGAACUGGGAGACAAUCCAAGAAGAAGAAAACUGAGACAGGGUCACUAAAUAUUAAAGACAUGUUUCGCAAGGCAUCAAGAUCAGGAAAUUGAACAAAAGUUACUGCUUCCUGGUCUACAAUUGAAAUUUUUGUUUGAUUAUGUGAAUAGCCUUCCCGUUUGGAGGCUGCAGCCUUGUCAUGCUUUCCUUCUUGAUCUGCUAUGUCCAGUCUCUCUCUCUCUCUCUCUCGAUAUGUAUGAAAAGAGAUGGAAUUAGAUGUUACUGUAGGAAUUAAAGAGAUGGAAUUGGACCAUACAAUUCAUUUACAUAAAUUGAUGUACAUUAGAAACUCAUGAGUACAAUAAUAACUGAUUAUU